AUGGCCACCUUACUGUCCACGGUGCGGGAGAUCCGUCGUUCGCAGCGUGCGGAGGGGGCGGCGGCCGUCCUCGCCAUCGGCACAGCUAACCCGGCCAACUGCGUGUCCCAGGAGGAGUACCCGGAUUACUAUUUCCGGGUCACCAAGAGCCAGCACCUCACCGACCUCAAGCAAAAAUUCAAGGCCAUGUGCCAGAUGACACCAACGGACAAGCGUUACUUCCACCACACGGAGGAGCUCCUGGACGCCCACCCCGACUUCCUCUGCCGUGGCAAGCCGUCCCUGGACGCCCGCCUAGCCAUCGCGGCCGUCGCUGCGCCAGAGCUUGCGGCGUCAGCUGCAGCCAAAGCCAUAGCCGAGUGGGGCCGUCCGGCCACCGACAUCACCCACCUCGUCGUCAGCACCAACUCAGGCGCGCACUCCCCUGGCGUCGACCUCCGCCUGGCCUGUCUGCUCGGCAUCCGCGCCUCCGUACGACGGACCAUGCUCUACCUCAACGGCUGCUCCGCAGGUGCCGCCUCGCUGCGCCUUGCCAAGGACCUGGCAGAGAACAACUGUGGUGCGCGUGUGCUGGUGGUCUGCGUCGAGCUCACCAUCGUCUCCUUCCAUGGCCCAGAGGAGGCAGAUGCCCACCCACACACUCUCAUCAGCCAGGCGUUCUUCGGAGACGGUGCUGGCGCGGUCAUCAUCGGCGCCGACGCCAUGCACCCCGUCGAGCGCCCAAUCUUCAAGAUGGUGUCCGCGUCGCAGACCAUGAUAGCGGGGACCGACCGUGUGCUCACCAUGCAGCUGACAGAGACCGGCCUCGAUGGCCACAUCUUCACGAAGGAGCUGGUUCCUAUAGCGGCGCAACACAUCGACCAGUGUCUCGCAGAUGCGUUCCAACCGCUUGGAGUAAUGAGCGACGGCGCCAACCUCUGGAAUGAUCUCUUCUUCGUGGUGCACCCCGGCAUCCGAGGAAUACUGGAUCACAUCGAGGGGGCACUCCAGCUGGAGUCGGGGAAGCUCGCGGCAAGUCGGACGGUGCUCAGAGAGUAUGGGAACAUGCUCGGCGCCACUGUGAUCUUCGUGCUCGAUGAGCAACGGCGCCGGAUGGAGGAGGACAGAGGGGUGAGGGGUGAGUGGGGUGUGAUGAUGGGAUUUGGACCUGGGUUCACAAUUGAGACGAUGGUGCUGCAUGCAGUGGCCAGCAACCCGCACAACAAAAAUUGA